AUGACGGAGAUCAACGGAGAGAGGAGCCAAUCGUUGGCGUCGGACAUAGUCAGCAACUUCCAGGAAUACGAAGCUUCAGGUUUUCGAAAGAAGAUGGAGAGGAGGUGCAUCUACAAGUGCCCCUACGGCCUCAUCACUAUAAAAAAUCUCAAAGGAAAGCACAUUCCCCACAUGGUGUCCUUCGGGCCAUACCAUUAUGGGGAAGGGCAUCUGCAGGCCAUGGAGUUCCACAAGCGCAGGGCUCUCCACGGUAUCGUCAUAGGGGACCGCCUUCCCCCUUCCCCAACCGAAGCACAAGAACAGCUCAGGCUUCGACUGCGUCCUUUCAUGGACGCAUUGAGCGAAGUGGAAGAAGAGCUCAGGGAUUGCUACGACCAACUCGGCCCAGAGUGGUCGCCGUCGAAACCUUUCUUGGAGAUGAUGCUGCUCGACGGCUGCUUCAUGCUGAAGCUCCUUCGUUGCGCAAAGACGCCGGACAACUCCAACUUCGGCUCGAGCGGGACUCCUCCCGAUCCCAUCUUCGGCCCCAACGUUUCCCCUUACAUGCGCGCGGUUCUGCGUCGAGAUAUGUUGAUGCUAGAGAAUCAGAUCCCACUGCUUGUCCUCGAAAGGCUACUUCACGUAAAGAAUAGUAAUAGACUACAACGGGGGCGUGCUACCUGCAACUAUGCAUACCUCAAUCGGUUGAUCAUCGAUUUCUUUGGUUUCAAGUUCUCUGAGAAGCCAGUUCUAGGCUCUCGUCGCGGUUUACACGUUCUGGACGUUUGCAGAGAGUGCCUGAUCGGAAGCCCAACGCAGGUUCCAAAUCAAAGCCCUAAUCCAUCUCCAAGGAGGUCGUGUGACGCCACUGCUGCGGCUGCCCCGAACGGAAGGACGCCAGCCGGCCAUGGUCAAGCAGAAGAAACGGCAUCACAUAGUCAGGCCGGCGACCAACUCGAUCAAAACUCUGGGACAUCCCGGGACAAUAUUGGCGUGCCUGAAGCCCACACGAUUGAAAUGGGAUCACAGAAUACCGGUCAACAACCUGAUCAGAACCCCCGAACUUUGUACCAAGACAGCAUUGUCGUGGACUGCUUCCAGUCAGAAGAAAGCAAUGGUAGUCAGGAGGGCGGCAAUCAACGUGAUCCGAUUUGUUGUGGCCUGUCCAGGAAAAAUAUCGUCCUCCACACAAAGAGCACCGGCGUUCCGUGCGUAAAGUGGCUUCGGGACGCAGGAGUGACGUUCAAGAAGAGCCAUGGCGGCCGGUUCUCCGACGCACACUUUGACGAGAAAAACGGCGUCCUGAGCCUUCCGUUCCUGGAGAUAGACGACGACACUGCAGCCAAGUUCAUGAACUUGAUAGCCUUCGAACGCAUGCACCCAAGCAUUGGGGGACAGGUGACGUCCUACUUCCUGUUCAUGGACGCGCUGCUGGACACGGGCGAGGACGUGAGGCUCCUCAUCUCCAAAGGGAUCGUGAGGAACGAGCUCGGAAGCGACGACGCCGCCGCCAAGCUUUUCAACAGCUUGGGCGAUGGCGUCGUGGACAGCGAUGUACAGAACGAUGGCGCAUCGCAAUUGGAUGCAGAGAAGAGUGUGAGAUUUAUUAUCACGGAGGUCCGCAGAAAGUUGAACGCAUAUGCGUCCUCCAAAUGGAAUACGUGGAUCGCGGAUCUGAAGCAUAAGUAUUUCAUUAGUCCCUGGGCUUGCAUGUCCCUCUUUGCUGCCAUUCUUUUGAUAGUCUUGACCAUACUUCAAACUGCGUAUGGCGUAUCGGCUUUUUACAAGGGCUAG